GAUAAUAAUUGCAUUUCUAUGGGCAGAGCGCGAAGACACUGCUGAUCCUCGCUGCAUUGCUCGAGCCCCAAACGUAUGCUUAUUUUUUUUUUAUCUAACAUGAAGGGUUUAACACUGAGAUAGAUUUCCAGCCUUAAGACCCGCGUACGCUGUACUUUUUUACUGGUGAGCCUCCCGUUUCUCCCUGUGUUGUUUCGGCCCAAAGUCUGCCGUGGAGCGGUUGUCACACAGGCCGCGGAUCGGUUCUUGUUGUUGGGAGGGGACCACACUGACUCGCCUCCAAGCUAGCAUUAUUAGCUGGCUAUAAUGCGUCGCUGCCGCUGGUGUGUUUUCUAUAUAGCAGGCUCCUGUUUAUUGAGGCAGGUCCUUGGUUAACCGUUUACCCGACGGAACGAAAGUGUGACUUGGACUUACACCACACCUUUCAAGAUGGAUGUUGAUUUGUGUGCUGGCGGGGACAGUACUAAGAGAAAAGUAGAACUGGCCGGGGUUGCAGAAGGCACAAUGGACGUUGUACCUUUGGAGAUGUAUGACUCCGCCAGAGCAAAAAUAGCAGCCAACCUACGGUGGCUGUUUGCCAAAGCCUAUGGUAUUGACCAUAUUCCAGAGGACUUAAGGGACCCGUUCUAUACAGACCAGUAUGACCAGGAACACAUCAAGCCACCUGUCAUUCGUCUGCUGCUGUCCUGCGAGCUUUACUGCCGUGUGUGUGCCCUCAUCCUCAAAACUGAGCAGGCAGCGUCUCUUCAGUCCCACAUGUCUGUCAUCCAAGCUCUGUCCAGGAAGGGCAUUUAUGUGGUGGAGAGUGAUGACACACCUGUUACAGAGGGGGACCUGGCCUGUAUGCCCAUCAAAAUGAGUGCUCACAUGCCCAUGAUCGAUGCCCUGAUGAUGGCUUACACAGUGGAGAUGAUCAGCAUAGAGAAAGUGGUGGCCUCUGUCAAGCGCUUCUCUACCUUCAGUGCCUCUAAGGAGCUGCCCUUUGACCUGGAGGAUGCUAUGGUUUUCUGGAUCAACAAGGUAAACAUGAAGAUGAGGGAGAUUGCAGAAAGGGAGCACAAAGUCAAGCACCACCCACUGGAAUCCCCUAGCCAUCAAAAGUCUCCCUCCAAAUGGUAUUGGAAGCUAGUCCCUCCUGAUGUCAUGCACGAGCUGGCCCACUGCAUGCUGGGGCCAGAGGAACUCUCCGAAGCGGUACGGUAUCGUCGGGAACAUGCUUCCGGUCGACAGCUGCCCUUCUUUCCAUUGCUGGAAGACCUGAUGAGGGAUGUUUGUGAUGGAGCUGCACUGCUCACUGUAGUCCAUUACUACUGCCCCGACCUCAUGAAGCUGGAAGAUAUUUGCCUGAAGGAAGUCCCUUCCAUCGCUGAUAGCCUGUACAACAUCCAGCUCCUCAGAGAAUUUGCCAAUGAGUACCUGAAUAAAAGUUUCUAUCUGACAACAGAGGACAUGCUCUAUUCACCGCCUGUGCUCAAGCACAAUGUGAUGGUGUUCAUCGCUGAGCUGUUUUGGUGGUUUGAAACAGUAAAGCCAGAGUUUGUCCAGCCCAGAGACCUCCAGGAGUUUAAAGAUCCUCGAGCCAUAGCUCAUCCCAAGAGUGCCCGUCCAUCAGUGCCCAUCUCCAACGCCACCAAGCGAAGCUUCCUAGCUAGUCCUGGUAUGGCCGACAACCAGAGCAGCCCUGAAGUCUGUAACAGGUACUUCCUGCACCCUGAAGACUCUGACCCCCUUAAAGGGGGCCCAACUUUCAGUCCUUCACACCCACUUCUGCCCCUGCGACAGAGACAACAAAAGCAACAAGGAGAUGAUGCAGGUUUGAGAAACCGCUCAAACUCCUUGACUCAGAUGGACGGACAACAAGUCAGAGGCUCUGUAGUAGCAUGGCCCGACAAGAGGCAGAGACCAGUGUCCACAAUGGGCCCUUAUAUGUUGCACUCAGCCACCGACAGUGAUGCAGACAUGGCUUCUGGUGACAGUGUUAGUCUGGCUCGCUCAAUUAGUAAGGACAGCCUGGCAUCCAAUGUCAUCAAUGUCACUCCCAAACACCAGACUUCUGUACACCAGCCAUCACGUCCUCCAGUACGUCGAGUCAACGGCCACAGCCUUCUGACUAAUGUCAAUAUGGAGGAUGAGGAAGAAACUCUGGUGACCGUAGCCAAGAGCGAUGGUCCUGCCAUCUCCAAACGGGUUGAGGGGACACAAUCAGCUGCUGUAAUUGGAUCCAAACCUUCCACUGACUCGAAAUCGACACCAGAUAGCUUUUACCUUGAACCACUAAUGCCUGCCGUGCUCAAAACGGCUAAAGAGAAGUCUGUAUGCCUAAACAAGGAGGAGGAGAGUGGUGAAGUGUCCCGGUCUGCAGGAAGGGGGUCUUUACGCAGAGAAAAUGGAUCUACAUCUGCUGUUCGCAGGAAAGCUCCCUCCAAUCUGAACCAAACAUUUCCUCCUUCAGCUGAGGAAGGCUUGUCAGAUGAGCCUGUUCAAAGUCAGGCAGGUCUCAGGCUAACUGUCAGCAGCAGUGUGGAACCUUCCUCCAGGGACCCAGCUGAGGGUUUCUACUUGCAUUCAGAUUCUGAAGAACUAAAGCCUGGCAAUGGCCAGGACGGUGACCUAGGGGACCUGGAUGAGGAGGAAGAGGAUUUGGAUGAAGCCGCAACCACUAAAGAAACACUCUGGCCCAGGAAAGCCUUCAACGAGGAGGAAGAAGAAUCAGCCAAACUCCAAGAGGACAUGAAUGUGAAAGAGCAUGAAGACAAAGAUAUUAAUGGUGGCAGCGGUCGUUCCAGCCCCUGUCUCAGCACACACUCCCAGGCCAGCAGCAUGGCCAGUGGCAGCGUGCGCAUGACCUCUUUUGCUGAGCGUAAAGCUCAGCAGCAGCGCUUUGGCAGCAACCAUGACCUGCGCUCCAGUGCCUCCAGUUCCCAGAGGACCACUCCAGAUGGAUCAGAGUGCAGUGGCCCCCUGGCUUCCUCAUGGAGGAUUAAGAGGGACCAGAGCCCCUCUUCCCCCUUGGGAGGAUCCACUCGUACAGGCGAUGGCAGUGGCGGUGCAAAUGUAUUGGCUUCUGAACUGGUCCAGCUCAGAAUGCAGCUGGAAGAGAAGCGGCGUGCCAUUGAGCAUCAGAAGAAGAAGAUGGAAGUACUGUCAGCCAGACAGAGGCAGAAGCUGGGAAAAGCAGCCUUUCUGCAUAUAGUAAAGAAAGGUGGAGGAAGGAGUGACACAUUACCCAACCCGCUUAAAGCUGACAUCUCUAAAGAUGAGCUCAAUGGGGAGAAAGGACCACCAAGUAAAGAUGAUAUGUGUGUUGAUACCAUGAGAGGGGAGAAGGAAGUGGAUGAGACCACCCCAUCUGGUGCCUUAGAAGCAGAAAAGAAAGGGAACGGUGGAAGCUUCUAUCUGGAUGAAGAUUUGGACCUGAAUGAGUGCAGUCGCUCUAUCGAGCUGCUAAAUGAAGCUAUUGGCAGCAUCCAGCAACAAAUGAUGCAGCUUUCACUGCAGCAGGAGAUGUUGAUGAAACAGAAUGUACAGUCCCCACCUGGUGCAGCUCCACCUCCUGCUCUCACCAGCGACAAAAACGGAGAUUCCAAGACUGGAGCAGGCUUUCACUUUGUGGAGCAUCUUUCUGGCACUAGCACCGCUCCAGCCAGGAAACCCCCCAAACUAAGCUCUGGCCGGAGCUCCAGAUCCAAACCAUCAGAGCUAAAGAUGGCCAAGGAGCAGAGCCGCCAGACCACCAGGACCCUCACACCCACCCAGAGUGGAUCAGAGACAUUGCCACACCCAAAGCAUUCAGCUGGGGGCAGGUCCCCCAGGACUGAGCAGCCCGACAGUCCCAGAAACCCCACAGUAGUGGAGACAGUUGAUAAGCCAGGAUCUGGCCACGUUCGGAGUGCCACCUUCCGACUUCAUGAUGAAGCAAACAUUCGCUUGCCGACCAGAGUGGACCUGACAUCACUGGCUCCUCCAGAAGUGUCCUUUGAUGAGUGCCUGUCCAGCAACACCAGAGAGUCUGAGCUCAACUCUUCAGACGGUUCAGGGAAAGAGAAUAUACCAUCAGAUGAGGCGCAAUGCAACAAAACCCACCUCAUUGAGGUUGAUCUGUCAGAGCUGAAGGCACCUGAAGAAGAGGGGGGUGAUGAGGACAAAACAACAGAGAGAGGUGAUGGAGAGCAGAAGUCAGUCCUGGGCUUCUUCUUCAAGGAUGAGCAGAAAGCGGAGGAUGAGCUCGCUAAGAAGAGAGCAGCGUUUUUGCUGAAGCAGCAGAAGAAAGCAGAGGAGGCUCGACUACGUAAACAACAACUAGAGGCCGAAUCUGAGCUCAAACGUGAUGAAGCCAGACGGAAAGCCGAGGAGGAGCGUUUGCGUAAAGAGGAGGAGAAGACACGGCGAGAGCUGAUAAAGCAAGAGUAUCUGCGGAGGAAGCAACAAGAGAUGUUUGAGGAACAAGGCCUUGUGAAGCCCAAAACUCCCAAACCGAAGCAGAAGCACAGACCCAAGUCUGUCCUCAGAGAGGAAUCCUCCAGCGAUAAUUUCUCCAAGUGCUCUUCUACACCUGACAACCUGAGUAACGCCCAGUCAGGCUCCAAUCUGUCUCUCGCAUCUGCCGCUACCAACGAGGCCGACAGUGUAAACUCUGGAGGUGCAGGCUCCCAGCGCUGUGACUCUGUGGAGUCAUUUCCAGGCAGUCGGAACAGUCGAGCUGCAGAGAGAGACUGGGACAACGGCUCCACUGCCUCUUCCAUCACUUCCAUGGCUGAAUAUACUGGCCCCAAACUCUUCAAGGAGCCCAGUGCCAAGUCAAACAAGCCAAUCAUCCAUAAUGCAAUCUCUCACUGCUGCCUGGCUGGCAAAGUCAACGAGCCCCAGAAGAACCAGAUCCUAGAGGAGCUGGAGAAGUGUGAGUCCAACCACCUCAUGAUCCUGUUUCGUGACGGUGGUUGCCAGUUUCGGGCACUCUACUCGUACUUCCCCGACACCGAAGAGAUACAAAAGCUGACGGGCACCGGACCCAAGAGCAUCAGCAAGAAGAUGAUUGAUAAGCUGUACAAGUACAGCUCGGAUCGAAAGCAGUUUACCGUCAUCCCUGCCAAGACUGUGUCAGUCAGCGUGGACGCCCUGACCAUCCACAACCACCUGUGGCAGGCCAAGAGAAGCGCUGUGCCAAAGAAAAGUGGAAAAUAGCAGGCAGGAUUUGGAAACACACCUUAAUCCACGUCAUCCUAUCCUCACACUGCUUGUUUUCUGACUGCAAUGACGCCCCAAAGCUCAGUAUGGAAACCUACACGGGAGAGAGGCCACUAUGGACAUGCGGUCAUCUGUAGGUGGACCGAGGCAGAAACAAAGGUGUGUGUGUGUGUGUGUGUGUGUGUGUGUGUGUGUGUGUCUGUGUCUGGUGCUUGCGAUGUGAGAGGGAAUGCCAGCUCAGUUUGCUUCUUCUUCCUGUGAUGUCGGUGGGAUCUGUUCAGGUUCAUUUUGAGUCCGCCUGAUUUCUUUUUCUCUUCUUUUUUUUCAACAACAACCAUGGCUCAAGCAUGUGGCAUUUCCCCCCCUCAUAUGUGGUGGAUGUUCAUUUUUACAUGAAGUAUUUAUUAGUUCAGCACUGUCAUGGUUGAGAGCUCAGCUGCAGCACUAAAAAUCCUUCCUUCUCUCCAGAAAUGCCUCUUCUUUUGGACAAAUUUGGACACAAAAGGGGGUGGGGACAUCGGGGUGGGCUGGGGGGGUUUAUGUCGCUCUUUUCAGAAAAUCGGAAACAAGGGAACUUUGUACAACCCUUUAGGACUACACUGCUGUCACAACAACAGUUUCUCCCCCGUGUGGGCUGUCGAAUCUGUCGAAUCAGGCUGGCAUUACCAAUUUUGCCUCACCAGGGAUCUCCAGAAAACCUGCUGCUCUGAACUGUCUUCUUCUUUAGUCAUGGGGGAGCUCCUCGGGUAUCCCUCAGACAUCCGUUGGCCUUUCACGCAUCGUGGUACUAUCGUCUAUUUAUUCAGCCGCUUUUUAAACUAGACGCUGAUCGUGUAGCACUGGAUAUGUGUAUUGCAAAGAAAAAAGGCAAAAAAAAAUAACGAUGGUCAUUUUAAACCGUUUUAUUUGUCAAAACAUCUUUUUCGUUUUUUAGGAUGAAUGAUAGGCUUUGGUACAAAAAUGAUGCUUUUUGAUGUUUUGUUUGGUUUUUUUUUUUUUUUUUUAGCUUUUUUUUUUAGCUUUUUAAUUUAUUCCACAUUGCUUAAUUGAUAGAGUUUAAACUGAUGUUAUGUCUUUUCAUCACAACAGGAAUUCUCUGAUGUUUAGAGCUUAGUUGUGUUUUCUCUCUCCACUGGACACUACUUAAACUGUCCUGUACAAAGGUGCACUCAUGAACACUUGUCGACGGCUUAUUUCAUGCAAUGUAACUCCCCUCAAAGCCUUUUCUUCCCUCCCCGAGUGUUUCUGUCAGCCUGUCCCAUCUUUAAUCGCAGCAGCGGCUCGCGCACUCUUGUUGUGAAGAGUACCUCCGCGCUGCCCUGUAACCUGUUCGAAUGACAGUAUUUGAUAUAUUCACUACGGAGGGGAGGGUCUCUGUGUGUGGGA